AUGCAGCGGCUCGGCGCGCCGUCGCUAGUGCUGGAUCUCUUCUCUCUUGGCAGCACGCCGUCGUCGCGCGGUCUCAGCUGGCUGGGCUCAGCAGCGUCAGCGUACGGGAUGAUGAAGGCGGGAUCAAGCACGUCGGUUCUGGACUCUGUCAACUCGGGCUCGCCUCUGCCGCUGAGCACCUCCGCAUGCUCCGGGCCGUCGAUGUCCACCCAAGGGUGCUGCCACGUCGUCGGUGGGUUGAUCAGCGAUCAUGGCUGUCAGGAGAUUGCAUCCUCCUUGCCUGUCAGGAGCUUUGCUCGCUCUGGGCCGCCGCUGCCUGCCUACGGUGCCUCGCGCCUGGGCUCACCACUCCUGGUCUCAGACCCCAUGUGCAUUGGCUCGACCACACCGCCAAGGUCGCCCGCUCGCCUGGCGCCUCCGCCGCCGGCGUACGGCACCACGCGAGCGGAACCUCCGGCGUCAGUCUUGGACCACGUCCACAUGGGGCCGCCUCCUUUGGCUGAGAGCUUCUCGCGCUUGGGCCCAGCGACGUUGGCGUCCGGGGGUGUCAACAUGGGCAGCGCCUCAUCGUGCCGAGCUUUCGGACGGCCCGGGCCUGCGCUGUUCGCCUAUGGCCUGUCGCGGCCUGGCUCACCGCCCUCGGCGCCGGAUCUCGUCAGCCCAGGCCCGCCGACGCUUCCGAGAGGGUCCUGCCGCACAGGUGCAGCGCUGCCGGUGUCUGGCACGAGCCGCCCCGGCGCCUCGUCAUCUGCGCCAGACCACGUGCACACCGGGCCACCACCGCCGGCGCGCAGCUCUAUGCGGUUGGGCCCGGCGCCGCCGGCCUAUGGCUUCCAGAGGCCUGGCCCGUCCACGCCCGUGCUCGACUCUCUGCACCCAGGCCCGCCCCUUCCGCCGCGAGGCCCUGUCCGUCCAGGUCCUUCGCCGCCAGCGUCCGGCACGUUGCGGCCAGGGCCGAGCACGCCCGCCUCGGACCCCUUCACAGUGGGCAGCCCGGUGCUUCCCAGGAGCCCCGUGCGGCCCGGCCCGCCCUCGCCUCUCUAUGGGCUUGCGCAGGCCGAUUCGUCGCCUCCCGCGCCCGACUCCGCCGGGUUGGGACCGCCUCUGCCGCCGCGCAGUUUCUCGCGCCCAGGGCCUGUGCCGCCGGCGUACGGCAUGGCCCGGCCCGCACCGCCGCUGCUGGCGCUGGACACGGUGAAGCCUGGCUCGCCUCCCUCUCCGCAAAGCCCCUCGCGGUCCGGCCCUGCGCCCGCAACCUAUGGCACUUGUCGCCUGGGUCCCUUGUCGCCCGCGCUGGACCACAUCAGCCUCGGUCUGCCCCCUUUGCUGCAAGGCCCCGCGCGCACGGGGCUGCUGCUGCUGGCCUACGGGUUGGGUAGGCUGGGCUCGUCCCCGCCUGCGCUGGAUCUUGCGAGCCCCGGGCCCCCCCCCCCGUCGAGGUCCCCCGCGCGCUUGGGGCUCCCGACGCCCGCCUCUGGCACGGGUCGCUCGGGCCUGCCGCCGCCCGCUCCCGACCCCGUCGUCGCAGGGCCGCCGCCGCCUCCGCGCACGACCUCGCGCCCCGGCCCAGCGCUCUCAGCCUACGGCCUGUCGCGCCUGGGGCUGUCCACGCCUGUGCCCGACCUCCUGCAGUUGGGUCCCUCGCUUCCGCCAAGGGGCCCCGUGCGCCUUGGGCCACUGACGCUGGCAUACGGGUACUCCCAGCCUGGAGCCCCGCCGCCCGCGCUGGAUCUUGUCCAUCUAGGCUUGAGCCUGCCGCUGAGGUCUUUCUCGCGGUUAGGUCCGCCGCCGCCUGCAUUGGGCUCGACGCGCCCUGGGGCGUCCUCGCCAGCCUUGGACCCCAUGACUGUGGGAAGCACACCGCCCCUGCGGAGCUCUCUCCACCCUGGCCCGGCCAUGUUGGCCUCUGGCACGACACUGCCUGGCCCACCAACGUCGGCCUUGGACCUUCUGAAUUCGGGACCCACCGCGCCGCUGCAGAGCCAUGGCUGCUCGGGCAGUUCCACGUCGGCCUACGGCCUGGCCCGGCUCGGGUCGCCUCCACCUGCUCCCGACCUCACCAACCCAGGCGUGCCCCCGCCGCCGCGCAGCCUCGCGCGAACUGGGUCGACGUCGCCAGCGUCUGGCCCGGCGCGCACGGCGCCCCCGCCCCCCGCAUUGGACCCCGUCACAACAGGCUCCAGCCCGCCGCCGCGCGGCCCCUCCCGCCCAGGACCCGCGCUGCUGGCCUCUGGGACGUGCCGCCCAGGGCCCUCGACCUCGGCGCUCGACCCUAUCCACCUGGAGCCGCCGACGCCCUCGCAGAGCCCCGUGCGGCCUGGGCCGCCAGUGCCCGCGUAUGGGCCGCUUCGGCCUGGAUCGCCGCUGCCCGCCCUGGACUUUGCCUCCGCGGGCUCGCCACCCUCGCCCCGGAGCCCCUCGCAGCCGGGCCCGUCGCCCUCCGCCUACGGCCUCGCCCGGCCAGGGCCGCCCCCGCCCACGCUGGACCACGCGAGCCUGGGGCCGCCCACGCUGCCGAGGUCGCCCUGCCGGUCAGGCCCCGCGCCGCCUGCGUACGGCCCGUCGAGGCUAGGCCCCCCAUCCCCGGCCUCGGAUCUCCUGCACCCAGGGCCGACCCCCCCCCCGCGGAGCCCCCUGCGCCCAGGGCCCACGGCGCCCACGAUGGGCCCGACGCGGCCUGGGCCCUCGCCGCCAGCGCUGGACUCCUUCCACCCGGGCCCGACCUCGCCCACAAGGGGCCGCGGCCGCUCGGGUCCACCGACGUCCCUGUACGGGAUGUCGCGCCUCGGCCCACCGCUGCCCGCUCCAGACCUCAUCCACCCGGGCGCACCGCCGCCGCUCCGAGGCUCUGCCAGGAUGGGGCCGAGCCUGCCCGCGUCUGGCAUGUCGCGGCCUGGGCCGCCGCCGACCAUGCUGGACCCCCUCGACGCCGGCCCUCCCACGCCGCCGCGCAGCCACGUCCAGCUGGGCCCCUCGACGCCCGCAUAUGGGCUGUCGCAGCCAGGGCCGCCCCCGCCCGCCCUCGACCUCAUCAGCGCGGGCAGCCCGCCAUCGCCCCGCAGCUCCGCGCGAUCCGGUCUGGCCGCGCCUGCCUACGGCAUGUCCCGCCCGGGCCCGCCGACUGCAGCCUCCGACUCUAUCCACCCUGGGCCGUCGACGUCCACCCG